AUGAACCUUGUGGAUGACAACUACAGUUCAGAUGCAUUGUUUGAAUGGAAUUCCGAACGACUGGACCUGGACGGGUUUAAGAAAUUCGUGCAAGAGUGGCGCACUCGCUAUACCUUCCUAGACUUCGAGUUCCAUGAGGCGGUUGCCACGCCCGAUGUCAACGACGAAGAGGGUCGUGGGGGCACGAUUGGGUUCGCGGUGAAGGGGCGCGUGGUGUCCAAGGAUGAUGGGAAGAUGUACGGAGGAAAGGUCCAUGCCAUCUUUAAGGUUGAAUGGAUCGGAGAUCGUCGGGUCAUCACCAGGAAUGCUCAGGUCUUGCAGGGACCCUACGUUGUUGAGGAUGAAAGAUAA